UGGUACUGCUUGCUAGGUACUGCUAGACCCUUGCGUAGACGCCUGGGCGGAGUCGAUUUAUGCGUCAGCGUCAGCAUCAGCUUCAGCCUCGCAUGGAUGGCCUCUUUUUGACUAAGUUUUUCUUUUUUUUUUCUAUUUUAGAGGGUGUUGGCUGGUUGGUUUGGCGUAGCGCGGCGCGGCGCCGGGCGAUGCGAUGCGAUGCGGCGUAGCGGGUGUGAUUCAGGGUGCGAUUAGGUGUGUGAUUGGCUUGCUUGUUUGCUAUGCUAUUUGCGUACAUUUAUUGGGGUUUUAUGUGGUGUUAUUUGGAGCAGACGCGGGCAGAGAGCAGGCAGAGCGGUUGGAGGGCGGCUGGAGAGAUAGAUACAUGGUGCGUGAUGCACGAUGCACGCUGCGUGAUGGACAUGAUGGACAUGAUGGGCUUGAUGAUCUGGGGCGUGGGGCUUGGCGUGUGCGUGCGUGGGUAAGUGAGCGUGUAGGACUUUGGCGGCGUGUGUACUGUGAUCCGGAGGGGCAUGGCAUGGUAAGGCUGGGUAUAUACUAGACCGUCGUGCUGUUGUAUACGCACAACUCCUAGCCUGAGAGCCUUGGAUAGAGAGUGAGUGAGUCUCGAGAUUAGAUGUUGUUGAUUACAUUAUGAUUUGAGAAGAUAAUCUGGUAAUCAUCC